AUGCAAGAGCAUAUAUAUGAGCUGGAAAAGCGCCACUUUGAAAUUGUUGGACAUUAUGAAGAUGAAAUUAAACGUUUGCGCGCGCUUCUCGAUGGACGCACUUUAUCUGGUAUGCACGAUAUGGCGCCUCGGCGUCUUUCGCCUGUCGCCGUCCCUAUGGAUGCGCGCCCACUCCCCCCUUCUGUCUCAGGAUCACAGUACGAUCGUGAUCCACGAGAUUUGCGUGACUUGCGCGAUCUUCGUGACUUGCGUGAUCUUCGUGAUCCUCGCGAGCGAAUGCUGCCGGCCAUGUCGUCGGUGUCUGGCGACUCGUCGUGGCCGCCAACAAAGCGGCCCAAGAUCAGCGGCCCCCCCAUGCCUGCGGAAUCUAUGCGACUAAAGCCAGAAGACCGCGAACACAAACGCGCGACGGGACCCGCGGAGCAUGCUGAUGAAGAGAGCGCGCCGUCUGCUGAGCCAGCUAAUGAGUAUCGCAAGACAGCCGCGUCUCACUCGGCGUCUUCUUCGGCUGUAGAUGCUGCAUCAUCUGGCGGCGCACCUUCAGGAAAUGCCUCUGCUUUAAACUCCGCGCCUGCCGCGACUUCGACAGCAUCGCUAAAGGGAGCAGGCCCAACGUCUGCGCCGAAUGCAGCAUCAGAGUCUCACUCGCCAGCGACGAAUGCGCCGAUGGCUUCUUCUCGCACCGAUUCGCACACAUCGCCGAGCGCAGUACCGGGUGGCAUGUCGGGAACAACGGCUGGUUCGGGCGUGUCCUCGAUGGAAGAGACUGAGCACGCAGCGCCCCUCAAGAAAGAAGGCAGUGACUGGGCCAUCAUGUACAACCCAAACUCAAAACCGCAGCUGGAUGUGAAUCUCGUGCACACGCUUGUACAUGAUAGUGUGGUGUGCUGCGUACGAUUCUCGCCUGAUGGAAAAUAUGUGGCGACGGGAUGCAAUCGCAGUGCACAGAUCUUUGAAGCAGCUACAGGAACCAAAACAUGUGUGUUGCAAGACACAUCUGCGCCGGUGCAGGGUGAUCUGUAUAUUCGGAGUGUAUGUUUCAGUCCGGAUGGCAAGUAUUUGGCGACAGGUGCGGAGGAUCGGCAGAUCCGAAUUUGGGACAUUGCUGAGAAAAAGAUCAAGAUGCUGCUGACAGGUCACAAGCAAGAGAUCUACUCACUAGACUUUUCUCAGAAUGGCCGCAUUCUUGCAAGUGGCUCUGGUGACAAAACUGUGCGGCUGUGGAAUGCAGAGAACGGCACGGAAUUACACGUCCUGUACACGAGUCCAGGCCUAAACUAUGGACCGGGCGUCACGACUGUGACGCUGAGUCCUGACGGGCGCCUUGUAGCGGCCGGUGCGCUGGACACAUUCGUACGAUUGUGGGACACGAAGACAGGCAAGCUGCGCUGCCGUCUAAAGGGGCAUCGGGACAGUAUCUACAGUGUGAGCUUUACGCCAGAUGGCCAAUCCCUUGUUAGUGGCAGUCUGGAUAAGACGCUCAAGCUUUGGGAUCUUACGAGUAUUAUAAAGGCCCUUGAUUCGCUGGACGACGAAAUAUCCAACUCUACUCUAUGCAAGGCAACAUUUACGGGUCACAAGGAUUAUGUUUUGUCGGUGUCAUGCUCCCCAGAAAGCCGCUGGAUCGCCUCAGGCUCCAAAGACCGCUGUGUGCAGUUUUGGGACAUGAAGACGGCUCAGACGCAACUAGUACUGCAAGGGCACAAAAACUCAGUUAUUGCCAUACAUCUGAGCCCUUCGAACAACUUGCUAGCCACGGGCAGCGGCGACUUCCAUGCGCGCAUUUGGUCCUACGAGGACAAGUAG